UGGACUUGUGACAGCAAGAAUUGAUGUCUUUUCUUGCAGUUUGCAUGGCUGGUGGGUCUCCCCCUGCACAGGGAGCUGUGUUGCUUCUCCUGUUUUUGUUCGCUUUCUGGAUCUGCUUUUCCUGAGACAGUUUCGUUGUAAAGGAAACCAGUAGUGCUGCUGGUGGGGGCUGCCCCGGCAGAGGAACAGUCAUCCUUCCUCAUGAGCUGCUGGUUUUGUGGAUGAUGGUGUGACAUGACUGAUGCAGUGGGUGGAUGUCUGGGAUGGACAUCAUAAAUAGCACCCGUGGGAGAAGCCUCAGCAUUCUUCCAGGACAGAGCUCUGCUGGGGAAGGGUGAGAAGUUCUGCUUUCACACAGCCAACACCUCCCAGAUUUGCUCCCAGGUAAGCCUGGAGGGAAGCAGGAUGUUAUUCUCCAGACACUGCUUGAAUCCUUUUGCUUUAGUCCGUGGAUUUGGCUGGUCAUUUCUGUGCUGAGCAAGGGAGGAGAUUCCCCCAGGGAGAGGGGAAGGGAGGACGAGAAAUCCCUGGUGAGGCCUUCCAGGGGACCUGCAGCAGGCCUGAGGUUGGAGCAGCCCCGGGUGAAUUCCAGGGAAGGAGGAGCUCUUCCAGAAGGUCUGCAGAGGGGCGAUGGACUCAGUGCUGGGCCGUCCUGGCUCUAGGAGAACAACAGGAAGAGUGAGAGGUCUUGGGUUUGUUACAAAGCUGAGAAUGAUGGAAAGCAGGAAGGAGAUAGAGCUGCCUUGGAUGGAUGGGUGGUGGAGCUGGUGGUCUGCCUUGGAGCUCCCAGCUAUCAGCAGCAGUGCCCUCACGUUGGGUUGGCAGCCCGAUUCCUCCACGGGAGUGGGGCUGUGACGCAGCUCUUCCCAUGGAAACAACCACGCAGCACCCCAUGGGUUCUGCUUCUGCAAAGCCAGAGCCGCCGCCUCCUCUCUUUUCCAUGCAGGUUGGUCAUGUGUGUAGGGAGAUGCAGCCGCAUCGUGGGCCCCUGCUUGCUGGUGCUGGGCAUGCUCUCCGUGGUGGCCAGCAUCCUGCUGCUCUUCCCCGGUGGGUCCUGGCAGUACCUGGUGGAUGGGCACAUCAGCAGGCGGGCAAAGAUCAUGCCAGGCACCUGGGGAGGUGGCGUCAUGGUGCUGCUGGCAGCUACCCACAUCACUGCUGUGGGAUGGCGAUGCGCCUCCUGCUCUGACUGCGGCACCCGUCGGAACGCCUUCCUCUCUGUUGUCCUCUCCAAGCUGGCUCUCCUGGGCUCUGCCGCCUGCUUCUUCUUCUCGGGGCUGGGUCUGACUGACGGCCCUCUCUGCCUCUACAACACCACUGAGCGCAGCGAUGGCUUUAUGUGGGACUACCCCUUCGUGGACAAACCUAGCAUCAGGAGCUUGGAGAAUUUCUACCUGUUCUGCCCGAGCACCUGGGGCACCUGCCUGGAGCCGGUGGGCAUCGUGGCAUGGCACGUCACCUUCUUCUCCCUCCUGCUGCUCAUCAGUGCUGCCGAGAUGCUGCUAACCUUCCUCCAGAUCAUCAACGGCUGCGCCGGGUGCCUCUGCGGCUUCUGUGAGAGGAAGGAGGCAGGGCUCUCCCGUGUGCCUGGAGUGAGGUGAGACCACGUGUCCCGGCUGUGGCCUCUGGGGAGACCACUCCUGCUCACCCCAUGUCUUCCAUUCCACGACACACCUGAGCCACGUAUGUAAAUAAAAGCCUGAUUUAUUUUUGUUAAUCUGUUUUGCGGUGAUGAUGCCUCCUGUGGGGGGCAGCUCGGACUCCCAGCUUGGUUGGAGCUGGGGCUGUGGAUGGAGGCGUGCUGGAAAUGGGGUGCAGGUCCCUCAGAAUUCACACUUACACAUAUACAUGCACGCACACAGCGAACGUCAGGCUGGCGCCCCUCAGUGUGUAUUUCAUAGGGUCAUUGAGGUGGGAAAAGACCUCCAA